AUGCCAAACGCUCGCACUGCUGCCGACGCCGUCAGCAUAGUCCCCCUCCCCACCACCUCCCCCGCCACCCACGGCGCCACCUUCGGCGUCCCCUGGGCACGCGGCAAGCACCACUUCGGCCUCACGGCGUUUACAUGCGCAAGCAACGGCGGCACUGCCAUUUCCAUUCCGCUGCAGUCGUGGCCGACGGCGUGCUGGCCCGAUGGCUCGCUCAAGUGGACCGCCCAUGCCGUGCCUGCGCUGGAGAAGAGCGCGGGAGACGGCUUUUGCAUCUAUGCAGAGAACAAGCCCCCGGAACCAGACACAGCCGCGAGGUCGAGAGACGAACCCUCCAUCGUCGUCAGCUCGAGCGACGAAGCUAUCAGUGUCAGCACGGGCAAAAUCAGCGUUGUUAUACCUAAGGCCGGCGCGAGCAUCAUCCAGCGUAUCAGCAGCACAGCGGCAGGCAAAACCGUAGCCGAAAACGGGCGCCUAGUCCUCCUGUCGCAGACCUCGCUGCAAGACGAAACAGCGCCAGGCCCGCGCCCGCACAUCCACGAGUUCCGCGGCGAAGUCCACGACGCCGUGGUCGAGCAGGCCGGGCCCGUCCGCGCUGUCGUCGCCCUGAGAGGCAAACACCAUGAACUCCCUACCACCGAAAACGCAGCUCCCCUCGCCCCCUGGCUGCCCUUCACGCUGCGCCUCUACCUCCACGCAAACUCGCACCACAUCCGCAUCGCGCACAGCAUCGUCUUCGACGGCGACGCCACCCGCGCCUUCAUCCGCGGCCUGGGCGUGCGCUUCGACGUGCCCCUGAAUGACGAAGCAGCGUAUGACCGACAUGUGCGGUUCUCGAGCGCGGGCGGCGGCGUCCUCGCCGAGAGCCCGCAGGGGCUCACGGGCCUGUGGAAGGAUCCGGGCGAGGGCGUGCGGCGCGCGCAAAGGGCGGGGAAGCCGGCGCCUGCGCUGUGGGCCUGGGAGCCGGAGUUCGUGGCGCGGCUGAAGUGGGUUCCGGUGUGGAAUGAUUAUACGCUGUCGCAAAGUUCGCCAGAUGGGUAUACGGUGCGGAAGCGGACGGGCGAGGGGCGUGCCUGGGUUAAUAUCCCCGGUGGGAAUCGCGCGAGUGGGGUCGUUUAUCUUGGUGGUGCUUCGCGAGGGGGGUUGGUGCUGGGGCAGCGACACUUCUGGGAGCGGUAUUUCACGCGGGUGGACGUGCGGAAUGCAGGGCAGAAGGUCGGGCAGGUGACGGCGUGGCUGUAUAGUCCGGAGGCGGAGCCGAUGGAUCUGCGACAGUACCAUGAUGGGCUGGGCCAGGAGACUUAUAACGAUCAGCUUGAUGCCAUGAAGAUGACUUACGAGGACUGGGAGCCAGGGCUGGGCACGUCAUUUGGUAUUGCUCGCACGAACGAGUUCUUUCUGUUCGCAGUCGAGCAUACACCGAGCCCUGAGGAUUUCGCGCAUCUGACGGCAUACGUGCAGAACCCACCUGUGCUCAUCGCUGAGCGGGAGGCCAUACGCCAAACCGAAGCCUUAGGAACGUACUGGACGCCAUCGCCAUCCACACCGCCUACACCAACAGAAGCGCAACUCGACAGCAACCUUUCCUUCCUCUUCCAGUUCUACAACUCUCAAAUAGCCUCCCGGCGUUGGUACGGUUUCUGGGACCACGGCGACGUGCAGCACACCUACGACGAUGCACGGCACAGCUGGCGGUACGACGUAGGCGGGUACGCAUGGGACAACUCGGAGCUCUCGCCCGACCUCUGGUUAUGGCUGUACUUCCUGCGCAGCGGGCGGGCGGAUGUCUACCGCGUCGCCGAAGCGCUGACCCGACACACUGCUGAAGUGGACGUCUACCACUUAGGUGCGCUGAAGGGCCUCGGCACCCGCCACGGCGUCCAGCACUGGAGCGACAGCUGCAAGCAGGUGCGCGUAUCGAACGCGCUGUACAGGCGCGCGUUUUACUACCUCUCGGGCGGGGACGAGCGGACGGGGGAGUUGAUGCUGGAGACGCUGGACGCGGAGAAGAGCUUUGUGGUCUUGGAUCCGUAUCGCAAGGUCGAGAGGCACGGCAGGAAAGAUCUCACGGAUCCCGACGACGUCGCCAUCGCCCUCGGUACCGAUUGGUCCGCCCUCGCUGCCUCCUGGUUCAUCGCCUGGGAGCGACGGGUACUGGGCUGGGAGCAGGCGAAGCACAAACUGUUGUCGACGAUGGCCGGGAUCGGGGCGCUGAGGAACGGCUUCGUCACCGGGAAAGCGGUGUACAAUGUGCGCACCGGACGUCUUUCGCCGCCGCCGCAGGACCCAGCUAAUAACGGCGUAGUCCAGGUCUCGCAUCUGUCGGCCAUGUUCGGCCUCGUUGAGCUCUGCGCCGAGCUGCUCGAGAGCUUUGGCACUGACACGCCGACAAGGUUCGAGCGGGCCUGGCUGGAGUACUGUCGGUACUUUGGCGCUGCGACAAAAGAGCAGAUCCAGCGGUUUGAUGCACGAUUUGGGACGUUGCAGCUGCGGCAGGGGCAUUCGCGGCUUACGGCGUAUGCGGCAAAAAGGCUGGACGAUGCAGGUCUGGCAAAGCGUGCUUGGGAGGAGUUUUUCUGCAGUGAUGGGUAUGGGCCUGGGCCGUGGAGGAGUGAGAUCAUACCGCGCCAUUUGGUGCUCGAGCCGGCAGAGGAGGCGCCGUGGGUUUCGACGAAUAUUACGGCUUUGUAUGGCAUUGCGGCGAUUCAGCUGUUGGCGUUUCUGGGAUCAGAAGAAGCACCGACGGCGUGGGAGAGAUAA